AUUGAUCCAGCCUGCCCAGACCCCUCUGCAGAGCCUUCCUACCCUCCAGUAGAUCAAAACUUCUGCUCAGCUCGUAUAUGUAAACCGAGGGUGUUGGUCUCCUCAGUCAGAUCAUGAAUAAAGUUAUUAAACGUGCCUGACCCCAACACUGAACUCUGAGGAAUGCCACUGGUAACCAGCUGGAUGUAGCUCCAUUCACCAACUCUCCCUAAGCCUGGCCAUCUGGGCAGGUUUUUUACACAGUGAAGAGCACACCUGUCCAAACCAUGAGCAGUAGUUUCUCCAGAAUGCUGUGGGAAAUGACACCAAAAGCUUUACUGAUGUCCAGGCAGACACAUCCACAGCCUUUCCUGCAUCCACUAGGUGGGUCACCCUGUCACAGAGGAACAAGUCAGUCAAUCAGGACCUGCCUUUAAUAAAGUCAUUCUAUGUGGACCUGAUUACCUGUAUGAGCUGUGUGAGGCUGUGAGGAUACUCAAGAUUAUUUGCUUCAUAUCCAAAAUAAACCUUCCCUGUCACAACUUUGAGGCCAUUUCCUUUUGUCCCAUCAUUUGUUACCUGUGAGAUUGGCCCCCACCUCAUUCCAGCCUCCUUUUAAGUAGCUCUAAAGAGCAAUAAGCUCCUUCCUGUUCCUUCUUUUCUCCAGACUGAACACCCUCAGCUGCUCCUCCUCAGACUUGUCUUUCAGAUGCUUCACCAGCUUCCCUGUCUUUCCCUGGACAUGCUGCAGCACCUCAAUGUCUGCUUUAGAAAGACGGCCCCAAACCCAAGCCCAGCACUUGAGACACGGCCUCACCACUGCCAAGUACAGCAGCACAGUCACUGUCCUCAUCCUGCUGGCCACACUGCUGCUGAUACAGGCCCGGAUGCCACUGGCCCUCAAACCGGCUCAUGUUCAGCCAUCUGCGCUCCCUCUGACGCAGUGCUUUCAAGUCCCUUACGCUUAUUCUUCCAGCACAGUUCCUGUACUUUCAGAGAUUCCCUUUUCUGACCUGCCCCUCGAAUCCCCCAUCCCACCGCCUCACAACCAUCAGUUUCGGGGACGGGCUGGGAGCGCAGCUCCCCCCGCUCCCGCCAGUUGCUGGGACGGGGAGGGAAGGCCUCACUCAGCGCAGCGGUGCCCGAGGCCGGAGCCCCACACCCCGGAGCAGCGCCGCCGAAGCCGGGGCGCAGAACCAGCCGCGGCCCCGCCGCCUCUUUCCCUCGGACAACCCCCGCCCGCCGGCGGCUCCGCCCUGCGCCUUCCCGCGGGGGUGACGCCGCCGCCCCGCGCCGCGGAGGCGGGACCGGGCACGGCGGGCGUUCGUUCAAGGAUUAUGUUAUGCUAGAUGAGAGGAGUGUUCUUCAUCAGUGACUUGGACUGUUUCAAGCAUUUUUAUGUGCUCAGGAAUUAAGAUGGAUGAAAUGUUUCAUUGGUCAUAGCAGCAACAGGACGUAUAAGGUGGAAGUGACUGUAUACUACUGAAAAAUGUUGACUUCAGAGGUGUGGGAACUGAAGUGUUCUGUUCUGCAAAGGCACCAAAAGGUUUUCUGUGCUGCUCUUCAGCUUUAAUGUGGAGGAGACACCUGUAAGAAUGAACAUUGUCGUAACUGUUAAAGGGCAUAAUGCAGAAUCCGUUAACAGUUUCUGCAGGUGGUGUUUUUUUGCAUGCUAAUCCUGCAGAGAAACAUUGUGUCCAACAAAGUAUGCUGGGUCAGCAAAAGCAAGAAACUUGUGCUGGAAAGACAGUAUCCACAGAUAAACAGAAAUCCCCUCCGGAUAUAAUACAAAGUUUUCAGAAGAAAAGUCAGUUUAGGACCAUUGCUCCAAAAAUGGUACCAAAAAUUUUAACACCUGGAGUAGUUUCUUGCCUUCAGUCAUCUUUGCCUGAGCCGGUGACACCAAUUUCAGCUUCAGGUUCUAAGCCCCUGGUGGUGCCAGCUCAGAACUACGCUGUCAUGCAGGUGGCUGCUCACGAGGGCAUGUUUUCCCUGUUGGCUGUGCCCUGUGUUGCACCUGCCCUAACACAGCAAGUUCAGCAGUCAACUGUGGCCCCCUCUGAAAACCUAAAGGUGCCCAUCCCCAGGUACCAAUCUGUAAGAAAUAAACUGCUGAGUGACAAAAAACUGGUACAAAUCUCUGGUUUAAGUGCACAUAACAAGAUUCCUACCAAAGCACUGAUCUCAUCACAGACUUCCCCCAUGACUGCUCUACCUGAGGACUCUCCUGAAGCCCAUUCUAGCUCAGAUUCAGCUGAACAAGGGUUGAUAGCAGACUGUGACUCAGCUGAAAUUGGAGCUGCCACAUUAGUAAAUAAAAGCAACUGUGUGGAAUCUGGAUCUCUUUUAAUGAGCAAAACUGAAAUUGCUAGCAAUAAUAUUUCUGGACCAUCUGUAGUUGAAAACUCUCUAUCCAAGCUAGCAAGUACAACUAAUCCCAUGAAACUAAAUCUACACUCUGUGAAGACAGCAUCGGAAACCACAAGAGAGUCACUCCUGACAUCUGAGAAACUAAAGGAAAAACCCACAAAUUCUACAAAUCCUGUUGCUGUCUUGCCACCAGCGGUUUUUGGCAGUACAAUUCAGAUGACUCCAUCAGCACCAAAAGGAAAACUUCCUAUUUUGCCUUACUUGAGAAUGAAAAACUCAGUGUUCUGUAAAUCUAAGCAGAAUACUAAUGGUAUGGACAUACCUGGUCAUUCACUAAAAUCUGAAUGUGAAAAGAUACCAUCUUUGAUGAAAACUAAAGCCUUUGAUAAGCAAUUAGGUGUGUCAUUUACACAAGUCCCCAAACAAACCAUCCAAGAAAAUACCUUCUCUCCAUCCAGCAAUGUGGAUGAUGUUGACAGUCUUAAAAAAAUGAACAGUGCAACCUUUAAAAGAAGAGGCAGGAAAAAAAGAGCCCCAGAAGAUUUAUUGGCUUUUCAGGUCAAGCGAAGGAAGUGCAUCAUUAAUAAGUUUCGAGAAGGAAGAGAGAGGGCAAAGGUUGAGAUUCAGACACCUGAAGACAAUAAAGCAGAACCAGUGAAAAAAUACCGCAGUAUCAGACCAAAACCAGUGGUAGUUGUGCAGGGGCUCACACCGCUGGCUCCUGCAGCAGUUGCAGAGACGUCUCAUGAACCAUUUUUAAAUGGUUCACUUGCCAAUGCAUGCUUAAGUUCCAAGCACAGUGAUGCUACAUCAGCUAAAUCGAGUGAUCCAAGUAGAAAUGGGUGUUCAGCUGUCCCUAAGCUGCUGCACAGGUGUCAUGUUUGUAACCGUGCGUUCCAGUUCAAGCACCAUCUCCAGGACCACAUGAACACGCACACGAGCAGGCGGCCCUACAGCUGCAGGAUCUGCAGGAAGACAUACAUCUAUUCUGGGAGGCUGAGCACCCAUAUGAAGCUUCAUCACAACGAAGGCAAACCCAAAAAGCUGGUGUGCUGUGAAUUCUGUGCUAAAGUUUUUGGCCAUGCGAAAGUGUACUUUGGCCACCUCAGAGAAGUCCACAGGGUUGUUAUCAGCACAGAGCCCUCCACUAGCGAGCAACAGACACAAGAUACUUUAAAGAAGAGAGACAGGAACAUGAAAGAGGCAGAAGAAGCUACAGAGAGGGGAAAUAACUGCAAUUUUGAGGACCUAUUCCAUAACCCAGGAGAAGUGAAAUUACAGGUCAAAUGUGGUCGAUGCCAGUUUAUUGCAGAGUCCUUUGGUGAAAUGAAGUUUCACUUACUGUGCUGUCAUGGAGAAGAGAUUCAGGGAAGAGUGAAGGAAGGGGUUUUGCAUGGAAACAGAGGAACAAAGGGGGAACUGGUCAAACAUACAACCCACGUGUGGAAACAGCACAAUGAGAGAAAACGUUUAGCAAAGUGCAGUGCCCGUGAGGAGGAGCUGUAUGCUAUUCCAAAACCUAAGAGACAGAUAUACUUGCACCAUCAAAAUAAUGUCAAUAUUUUACCUAAAAGUGAACUAACUCAGUCAGGAAGUAAUGAAGCCUCCAAGGUGCAAAAUGUGGAGUUUGGUACACCAAGGAGAAAAGUAGAAUUUUGGUCUAAAGCAGGCUAUAACUGCAUUUUGUGCAAACAGAUUUUUGGAAGAAAAGAAGAUCUUUGUAGUCAUUGGCAGAGUCAUCAUAAUUGUGAAGACCCUUCCACUUUAUUGACGAUUUUUACAUUGGUAUCAAAACAAGGAAUUAUUGAACUUUCUGAUAAUGGUGAAUAAUGAAGCUCAACUCUACAAUGCUGUGAAAAACAUUAACUACCUUACCAAAUGUUUUUUUCACUCUCUUGCUAAACUAAUUCAACAGAUGUAUCACUUCACAGGUUUGUUAGUUGGGUUUGUUGGGGAUUUUUUUUUAACCAUACUAACCCUUAUUUUGGUGACUAGAAAUGUGUUUAUUCCGUAUCAUUCCAGAUGGGUAUAUGGAACCUGGUUAUAAAUCCUUGUACUUAAAAUCCUUCAGGAACUUUAUAACAGCAAAUACUCAAUUCUAAUGGUUAACCUCAAGGAAAUAUAUUUGUGAGUUAAACUAAACUGUACACACAGAAAUAAGCCAAUUAAUAUGAAGUAAACUCAGUCUUAAAUGAAAUUACAAACCUGACUGGAAGUCUGGUCCCAACUAUGCGUCCAGAUUUUGUGGUAAAUGCAUAUUUCCAUGCAAUUCUCUUGAUCAUUUAAAUGUGUGUACAUGCAGCCAGCACUCAAGAGCUUUAUAGUCUAUAAUUGAAGAAUUUCUAAUUCUUGUUUUCUUCAUUUCAGUGCAUUGCUUGCAGGUGUUUUUGGUGUUCAGUUCUGUCCUGGUAACAGCAAAGGUCUUUGUAUUUUAGAAGUAAAAACUCUCCAUGUAUUUAUUUGCCUGUAGCUUUUUGGGUUGAAGAUGAGUUGCCACCUAUUAAGAUGGAGCCCAGCACAUCACCAAGGGGGCAGGUCCUGUCAGGCUGUAAAGGAGUAGAGUUCUGGAACUUGGUUUUGAUGAAAAGGUUAUUGAAACCAUUAAAUCCAAUUUGAAAUUGGUGUUUAAACUGCUUAAAGCCUUAUGUUCCUCUGAAUUAUUUUGGGAGCAAUAAUGGAGGCAAGUCUAAGAAAUCACCACAUCACUCUCCAACAGAAGUCAGAGCAUGUCAGAGAGCAAGCUGAAAAAUACAGCAGUACUGUGCCUACAGUACUACUCUAUUCAUUCCUUCUUGUGGUCUGCUGUAAUUGAGGCAUUGCAAUGAUAAAAGAGUCAUUCCUAAAAAUGGUCUUGGUUGCUUCUCACUGUUUUGCAAAAAUUGUGGUGAUGAAAAAUGAGAAGUGGUCUAAAAAUGUUGGGCUUUCUGAGUGGGAUUGCACAAGCUGUUGCAGUAUUUUGUGUAUGUGUUUUGUUUUUAAACAGUAAAGGCAAUUUUGAUGACCUAA